AGUAUUUCAGAGAGGCACUGAGUUGGCCACCUGUAAGCUCCACACAUACCGCGUUCAGUGACAAGUGUCGGAGCAGGUUAGGUGUUGUAACUUUGCAGAUUCCCGAUGGCGUCUGGUCCUGGCAGCAGAGCGGAGGAACAGCCACCAGCGCUGCCUGUCAAACAGCACAGGAGCCAUUCCUCCAGAUGCUCCAGUGUGGAGUUUGACUGUGGUUUGCUCAGCCCUGUUGGACUCCAGCAUCAAAACUACACAUACAACGACGUCUUCCCUGAACCCACUGACUGUCAUGCAGACCAGUGCCCCAUACACCAGCGCUACGAUCCCUCCCAACACCAGGUGAGAUUUUUCUCCGAUGGCACCCCGCCGCCUGUUCCAAAGAAAAGGUUAGCUCGCACCCUCUCGCUCCCUGGAUCCAAUGUGCCUCAACUCUCUCCUCUGUCUCCACUGCAAAGACGCCCUCAAAACUUUGAUAACCCCCUGUACAUGCUGGCACCCAUACCCGACACCCAUUUCCACGAGGAGACAGAAGAGUUUACCCCUGUCAGUGGGAGUCCUGUCCCCCCACUGCCCUUCUUCCAGCUGUCCUUUGACACUCCAGACGAACAUCUGCACGAGCUCUUCAGCAGAUUUGACGACCAGAGGGUUGUUUCUCAGGGGAUUCAGCAUCGACAUCUACUCUUCCUGAGAAGAAUGGCACAGAACGUGGAGGCUGGGAUCCUGCUGCAGGGGGAGGCCACAGAGAGGGACGUCAGCUCUUACCGGCCUCAGGAUUUCCUGCUGUGUGAGGGCAGCGAGCCAAAGCAGAUUGGAGAAACGGUUUACUACAGCCUGCGCAGCCCCAAGCUCCCAGGGAGGACGCUCGGUUUAAGGGUACACACACAGACUGGUAAAACCUCCUCAGCUCACACGAAACACCAGACAUCGCAUGUCAAUGUGAAAGAUGCGAUUGCUCAUUUCCAAGCAAGCAACACCCUGAGAAAGGAUUCCAGCAUAUUACAAACUCAAGACCCCUCUCAUCCUUUAAAACCAAACUGCACUGCUGCUAAACCAGCAGGUGGAGGCAGCAGUGAGUGUGCCACAGCUCAUGGGAACAUUAAUCUGCCCUCUGUUCAGUCUCUCCUGCAGAAAGGGCUUUCAGCGAGUGUUGAGAGAGACCUGCCACACGCCACUCUCGAGGACUUUGUCCAGGUCAGCAGCUCGCUGAGCACAGAUUAUGUGGAUUAUGACAGACAUGUAUGUGCUCUGUUGCUGCAGAUAUUAAUGGGCUCACAACAUCUGUACGCGAUUAGUGCCACUGCAGCUGAGCUCAGACCUCGGGGGAUCUUUUUAGUGUGGCCCAACAGGGAGAAUGAGGAGAGAGAAAACAACCUAGAGCAGGAUGCUUCUGAAAUGAAGACAGCUUUCAAGACCAGCAGAUGGAAAGAAGAAAUGGAGUCGGGAACCACAGAGAAAAAGAUCCAGAUGUUAUUGAGGACACAUGGCCCCCCUCGUGUGGUGCUAACCCCGCUAUCAUCUGCUCUGUCUGCAGCUCACCUCGUCACCUACAUCAAAUCCCAGAUUGGAGCCCUAAUUCAAUUCUGCCUCCACUCACAGGAGGGCCUGACACCUCUGGGCUCAGUUCCAACCCUGUCCAAGUCCUCGUACCGAAGGGGGCUCCUGUAUCUGGCCUCUCUGCUGCAGAGUGAGAGCAGCGGGCCGCAGAUGGCGGACAUGGUGGCCGUGCUUCAGGUGCUGCUCUGGGGACCGUGUGCCCCACUCUUCAAUCACGGGGGCUCUAUGACCACCGCCGUGCACAACUGGCUGACAGUCAAGCGAGCCCUGCUGGUGAUGAAGCUGGCAGAGAGAGGGCUGAUCCAGGAUCAGUCUGAGCUGCAUUGGGAGGACUGCAUGUGCCUGCAGUACAUGUCGCUUACAGACCCUGAGACAGUUGUGAGCGUGACCAGUCAGCUGUGGCUCACGCUGAAUACGUACGGCCCAUCGUGAAAUGAAAUCCUUCUUCUCGUGACUCUUGAGUCCAACAUGUUGUAAACUGUCAGUCUGUAUUAUGCACAACGGUCAAACACACACUGAUAAAGACAUUCCCAUUCAGCCAUUUGUAACAAUAAGGUCAUUCAUAUACAUGUCCUCAUUUCUUGCUGUAAUAUUAAUCAUUAAGGGCCCUAAAAGCUUAUCAGCUAUUACUAUAAGUGAUGGAGUAAGGGCCGUCACAAUAAUGCAUUUUCACUACAAGAUUAUCGUGGCAAAACAAAUUCAUGAUAACAAUUAUUAUCACGAUAUUUAUAGUCAAAGAGAUCUAAGAUGCUGGAUUAUUUUUCAUCAUAGUAAUCGUCAGUAACCGUACAUCACAACAACUCCCCCAGAUGGAACUGUAUAUGACUAAACUAUUGUGUGACAAGUUAUGAAGUUUCUCUCUGCUUUAAGACACCAUUUUAAUAAUUGUGCUGAAGUUGUUUUGCUUGUUCGUCCCUGACUCCAUUGUACGAUUAUUCUUAAUAAAUCAUCAAGAUGACGACAAUGCUGAACACUAAAGGUCUCAGAAUGAGUCAAGGGAAGUGCUUUUCAGACCAAUUAGC